AUGAAGGAGCCUGCCCAUAAAAAGUCAAAACUUUGUAUUGAUUCAGAUGAUACCCAGGAAAUCACCACGGACUCACAAAAUGAAAAGACGGAUAUUAAAUCUGAUGACAAUGAAUUUAUUAAGACAACAGAACAUGAUAAAGAUAAAACAUCUUUUGACGAUUCGGAUUUUUCUGAUCUUGGUAAAAUUGUAACAGGUGCAAUAAAGUUGAACACAAUGUCCUCAGCUGAAAAGAUAAGUCAUAUUCAGAAUCAACCCUUGCCAGACGAUGUCGCCAAGUUAAAAGCAGGUCGUGCUCAAACAACGAAUACGGGUGAACUCAAAAAGACUUUAUCAUUUCAAUCUUCUUGGAUGAAUCAGUUUUCAUGGUUAACCUUCAGCAAACUGUUAAAUGGCGGUCUGUGUAAGUUUUGUGUCAUGUUCCCUCAGUCAGAUGUCCAACAUCAAAAUACAUUUGUUACGCAACCUUUUACUGCGUAUAAGAAAGCCCUUGGAAAAACAUCUGCCCUUUUAAAGCAUCAAAAUUCAGAACACCACAAGAGUGCCAAAUCUGUUUAUCACACAACCAAGAUGACAUCCGAAGUGCCAUCUUCGUCUCUUCCGUAUAAACUCAAUCAGCAAAAUCAGGCACAGUAUCAGCACAACAUAAAGUUGCUUGAGAAAAUAGUAGAUGCGAUCAUUCUUUGUGGGAAACAAAAUAUUCUUCUCCGAGGACACAGAGAUGAUACCACAAGUGAUUCCUCAAAUAAAGGUAAUUUCCUGGCAAUAUUACAACUGUUGGCAAAGCAUGAUGAGCAGCUCUGGUCUCAUCUACAAAAAGCAAAAAAGAAUGCCUUAUAUACCAGCAAAACCAUUCAGAAUGAGGUUAUCCAACUCAUUGGAAAUCACAUCACAGGUAAAAUUUUGAAGAGUUUACAAGGGAGGGGUUUUUAUUCCAUCAUACCUGAUGAGGUAACUGACAAUUACGCUAACAAAGAAGUUUUAGUCUUGUGUCUCAGAUUUCUAGAUACCAGAGAACACCCUGCCAUCAUUAAGGAGGAAUUUCUUGACUUUGCAAAUAUAGGCAGAACUACUGGGGAAGCAAUUGCUGAUAAACUUAUUGAAAUCCUCCGCUUGCUUGCAAUUCCGAUUGAGAACAUGCGAGGGCAAGCAUACGAUGGUGCAGCAGCUAUGGCAUCGGAAAAACGGGGGUGUCAGGGACGAAUCAAGUCUCUAAACCAAUUAGCUUUGUACACACACUGUCGGGGUCAUGUAUUGAAUCUGAGCAUCGCUUCAGCCUGCAAAUUACCCCUUGUGAGGAAUAUGAUAGAUGUCCUUAAUUCAGUGUUUAUUUUCUUUGACAGUUUCCCUAAACGACAAGGGUUUCUUGAGAUUAUUAUAGAAAAUGAUGGGUCUGUAGAUUUUUCCAGAAAGAAACUAGUUGGACUCUGUAAGACUAGGUGGGUUGAGCGUCAUAUCUGCUUUGAUGUGUUCUACACUAUGUACAAGUUCGUCAUCAAAUGUCUGCUGCACAUUCUCAAUCAAAACCUUGAUGAAAGUACCAGUGAAGACUGGUCUUGGGAUAAACAAACUAAAGUGACCGCACAGGGGCUUUUGGCUUCGAUGACGUCCUUCUCUAUGUUGAUAACAUUUGUGUUUGUAAGGUAUGUCCUAGAUACAAUAAAGCCUUUGACUCUCAAACUUCAGAAAAGAGACAUUUUCACUGCAAGUAAGUUAAUUGAGGAACACGUGGACAGGAUCAAGAAAUUCGUAGAGCGGUAG